CUUUAAGUUUUGAACGACAUCAACCAUAGCAGGAUCUGGAUUCAGGAAAAGAAAAAGACCUUUUCAAUCUCUUUUUUUUUUGGUUAUAGCCUCAUUUUUCUCUGCUAAAUUAACGGGAACACAUAAACGGAUUGCUUCAAAAAAUAAAAUAAAUACCUUACAUACUACCAUGAGUUCCAACAUACCAGAUGACAUGGACGAUGACGAAUUUCUGUACGGCUCAUCAGAACCUACAAAUGUACCUACUCCAACAAUAGAAGCACAAGAUACAGAAUCUUUCGACCUUUAUGGUGUAGGAGGCGGGGGAUCCAAUUCGACCGAGGUUCGAGUCACGUCUGGAACAACCUCAGCUACACAAUCAGCAGAAGAAGAAGCAGCAAAAACAGACGGCAGUAGUUCGACAAAUAAGAAAGCUGGAGCUGGGGGAACAGGAACAGGAACAGAAACGAGCAAUAAUGAGGAUCAAAGCGAAGCUGGAGAUGGUGAAGAAGAUGCUGAAGAAGAGGAUGAUGACGAGGAAUCUGAAGAAGAUAGUGAAUCAGAUAUCGAGAUUGUCAUGGAUAGUGAGGAGAGCAGGAGAGAAACUACAGGGCCAUCAAAACAAACUGUUGUAAAUAUCAAGACGAAUGUGCCAACAAAAUCAGGAGCGAGCACAGGAACCAAUGCAAAUGGAACUGGUGAUGCGGUAUCAGGUGGAGCAACCAAACCAGGCGGUGUGGAUAUUAAUGCUGUAGGAUCCAUUGACGGUGUCGAACUGUAUGAUGUGGAUUUAGAUGGUGCUGAAGACAAGCCGUGGAGGAAACCUGGCGCUGACUUAACAGAUUACUUCAACUAUGGAUUUAAUGAGGGCACCUGGAGAGCUUAUUGUCAAAAGCAAAAAAUGAUGCGCGACAAUCCAUUCGCUGGGAUUGAUGUGGAUCCAAAAGCAUUAAUGGAAUUGGCACCUGAACUUGCAAUGGGUAUGGCUGGAAUGGCCGGCUUGCCAAGGCUUCCACCUGGAAUGAUGCCACUACCACUACCAGGAAUGCCACCCAUGCCAGGGAUGGGUAUGGGUAUGGGCGGAAUCCCUAACAUGAUGGGUCGAGGAAUGCCUGUACCAGGAAUGGGAAUGAAUGGUAUGCCUAUGAUGAACCCUAUGAACCAACAUGGCGGAGUCCCUGGUGCAGGACGUGGUGGUCCCGGUGUCAGAUUUAUGGUUGGCCCUGGAGGCCCUAACGGCCCCAUAGGAGGAAUGGGAGUUGGAGGAGGUCCUGGAGGCGCAGGGCGUGGUCGCGGCAAUACUAUGGAUGGUAGUCCCGGGGGCGAUCAUGACAAUACAGGACGCAAUGAUAGAAGCCCGACAUUUCAGAGGAAUGGUAGCAUCUCAGCUAGUGGAGGCGAUGAUCAGCAAUUUGGGGAUGGUCCUAAUCAAUUCCAGAACGAAUUCCAGCAAGGAGGAGGAGGAGGAGGAGGAGCGGGAGGGUCGCCAUUUUUUGGUGGUGGAGACGGAUCUGGCAACUUUACUCAGGGUAAUUUCAGAGGCGGCGGGCGUGGAGCUGGCGGACUCAAUAUGCGAGGCGGUAUGAUGGGCGGUGGAGCUGGGCGUGGACGAGGUAGUCCGAGCAUGGGGCAGGGACCGGAUGGCUUUAGACCACAACCACAACGCGUUGGGCCAGGCGGACCUAAUAUGAAUCAAUGGGAAAACCCUGGUAAUUUCGGUGGGCCUGGAGGUGGAGGGCCAGGAUUCCAAGGCGGGAGGUCUCAAUUCAACCAAGGCAUGAACAAUCCUCAUCAAAAUACACCCUUAGGAGGACAGAUGUCACCAAUGAGUGGAGGUGGGGGCGGUAGCCAUCAACAAGGGAAAUCAGGCGAUCGAGACGAUCAUGAUGAUCGGCGUAGUGACCGGCGCAGUGCAAGCCCGCAGCGAGGUAGUAGCCAUGACCGUGAGCAGAGGGAUUCUCGAGAGAACAGUAAUCGUGGUGACCGCGAUCAUCGUGAUCGAGACCAUAGCCGUGAUUAUAAUCGGGAUCGCGGUACCAGCGACCGUGACCGUGACCGAGAUCGAGGCAGUGAUCGUGGCAGCAGCAGUCGACUAUCGAGCAGUCGAGAGCGUAGUUCAAGGAGUGAGAGAGAUCGUGAUCGUGACCAUCGAUCAGAUCGAGAUCGUUCUGACCGGUUUGAUCGAUCGGACAGAGAUGAUAGACGCGGCGGAGGUGGAAGUAGUGGCAGCAGUAGUAGAGACAGGUCGCAAGCUGAAAAGGAUAAGGAGCGAUGGGAUCGUGAGGACGAAGCAAGUAGAAAGCGCAGUGCAACUUCAACACAACGUGAUGAUGAUCGCAAGCGAGGUCGUUACUAAAGAAGAAGUAUAGAGCCAUAAUGCGAACACACCUUUUCUCACUUAAUAAUAAUAAAACGAGAAAAAAAAGGCAACAAUGAUCUGUAUUCUAAUUGGAUCAUUCAGCUCCAACUUAACGGAAAGCUGCUGCAUAUAUAAAGCUG